AUGGCAACGAUAGAGCCUGGCGACCAUAAAGCCUUCAUGCAGCGAGCGCUUGGCCAGGCUAAUAGUUCCCCUCCCAAACCCACAAACUUCCGUGUGGGCGCUCUCAUUGUGCGACUCGACGACAACACCAUCAUCGCUGAGGGAUACACAUUAGAACUUCCCGGAAACACACAUGCUGAAGAGUGCUGUCUGUUAAAGCUAGCUGAACAGCACGGCACGACGGAGGAGAAGCUCUCCGAGGUAUUCAACACCCCACAUGCACUCUACACCACAGUCGAGCCUUGCUUCAAGCGCCUAAGCGGCAAGCUCCCCUGCGUCGAGAGGGUUCUGCGUCAGAAGCAAUGGAUCAACAAGGUGUAUGUGGGCGUUCAAGAGCCUGAGACCUUUGUUGGAGAAAAUACAGGCCGCAAGACGCUUCAGGAUGCUGGGAUAGAGGUGCACCUCGUCUCAGGGCUGGAGGACGAGAUCCUGCAGGUCGCAACGGCUGGGCAUGUCAAGUCAUAACAUUUUGGAUAUCAAUCGAAUGAAGCAUCAGAAUAGAGGCGGGGAAGUUGGCGUUGUUGGUUGAAGCCAUGUCAGAUAAUGGCAUGUGAGGGUUUUUCAGUUUGAGUGACUGGGGCAAGGUUCUAUCCAGGAUAACAUGUAGCUUGCCAAUUUAAGAUCGAUCUCCCACCCUAG